AUGAGAAUCAGCUGCAAUGGGUGUAGGGUCCUACGCAAGGGUUGUAACCAAGAUUGCACCAUAAGACCUUGCCUUCAAUGGAUCAAAUCCGCAGAAUCCCAAGCCAAUGCCACACUCUUCCUCGCCAAGUUCUAUGGCCGAGCUGGUCUCAUCAACCUCAUCGAAUCCGGUCCUGACCAUCUUCGUCCCGCUAUAUUUAGGUCAUUGUUGUACGAGGCGUGUGGUCGGAUCGUGAACCCUGUCGAUGGCUCAGUGGGUUUGAUGUGGUCAGGGAACUGGGCCCAGUGCCAAGCAGCCGUUGAUGCAGUGCUCAACGGCUUACCCAUCACUCACACACCUCUUCCAAGUGAAUCCGCAUCGCACCAGAUAAUUCCUCCUCACCGCACUUACGACAUACGACACGUCGCGAAAGAUCCAACACCCGGCGGCGAGACUUCGGAGACUCUGAGUCUCGCCCCAUGUGUCAACGGUAGCAAGAGCAAGACACAAACUGGCCGAUUCAAACGGCUCAUUGAUGAGUCCGUGAACCAACUAGGCGAAUGUAGUCAUGGCACGUGGCAACUCCAGAGUUCUGGUGUAACGCAUGGCUAUGGUCAGUUCACGUUGGAGACUGUGGAGAGUCGAAAGGAAGCUCCAUUAAAUCAAAGUUCGAAUCUUGGGUUUGAUGUUCAAGUCGAUAUCAACGAGGCUGGCUUAGAGCUCAGACUUGGUUAG